UUAAUACCCAGUUCGAUGCGUGAUAAUAAAAAAAAUCCACUUUAAUAUCAAAGCUUGAACAGCAUUCUCGUAAUCAGUCAGAGUCUAGUAUUUCAGUUAAAAAUGGCUGACAAUCUGCAAGUAGCAUCAAAAAGAUCACAAAGUGAGCCUCAUAAACAAGCUAUAAUAUCUGAGGCAAGAGCAAAUUUCGUUUUGGAGCAGUGUUGUUUCUGCUGCAUCCCUCUGAGGAUUGGAAGCCUCAUCCUCGCUUACUUGUAUCUGGUCGCUACCCUGAUUAGCUUGAUCUUCACAACCUUAGCAUUGGUUGCCAUCUCUAUAUUUGUGAAUGAUCCCGACACGAUUCAUCAUCGGACUGAGUUGAUACAAGCUUUAGCCAUUUCAUCUGUUGUCGAGCUUCUGACCAUGUUUUCAUUGUCAUUUGCUAUUGUUCUUCUAAUUGGACUGCAUAAGAAUAAACGCAACUACGUGAAAAUUUUCAUUAUCUUCCUCUUGGUGUGUAUAGUCAUAAACGUUAUCCAGAGAUUGGUUACACUAGUUCUGUUUGCAGAGAAGCGUGUCGUGGAUGCUAUAACGAUUUUGUUAUAUAUAUUUUUCAACAUCUAUUUUGUGGUAGUGCUGCGGAGUCAUUACUUAGAACUGGGCGGGCGCUGCAACAAUCUGCCUGGACAUCUACAUCGCGAUGGUCACUUAUCACCAAAAGUUUAGACAUUGCGAGCUGGACAUGUAACCAAAUUACACAUUAUUUCUCUUUCUUGAAACGCUAAUAAUAAUAAUAAUAAUAAUUGCCUUUAUUCCAAUAACGAAAUUACAAAUACAUAAUAAUACAAAAUACAAUACAAAUGAUACUUUGUCAAUAUGCAAUACACAAAUCUAUACUAAUAUAAUAAAGCUGAAGAGUUUGUUUGUUUGAUUGAACGCGCUAAUCUCUGGAAUUACUGGUCCGAUUUGCAAAAUUCUUUCAGUGUUAGAUAGCCAAUUUAUCGAGGAAGGCUAUAGGCUAUAUAUUAUCCCUGUAUUCCUACGGGAACGGGAACCACGCGGGUGAAACCGUGCGGCGUCAGUUAGUGUCAAUAUAAAAUCUAAUUAUUAUUAACGUCAAUUCAAAAAUCUAAUUAUUAUUAACGUCAAAGUAAUACUCGUAUUUUAUUUUAUUUUAUUUAUUUAUAUAUGAUGUCAAUUUAAUAAUUUACGAUUAUAAGUAUGUUAACUUUUUUAUUUUGUUAUUGGAGCACCCAGUUUUGGGUAUAGGCCUCCUCCAUCCUUUUAAUUAAAAAAUAUGGGGAUCACAUACGUUAUCGAUAGACCACGUGAUCAAUCAGGUAAUAUGUCAACCGCAUACAGUUAUUAGUUUUCGAAGCGUUAGCGUUUCUAGAAAGAGAAUUGAUGUCUAACUUGGUUAGGGCACAGUAUAACCAGUAGGUGGACUUCAUAGUAAAGGUCGAAACGCGAGCUAUACCUACGCACCUCGUACGUGGGGUGAUCGUGGGGUGAAGACCGUUGCGACUGUGUCGCGGUGACGAACGCAGUGUAUUGGAUUUUUUAAUUAUGACGACUAGAAAAAAAGUUAUUAUUUUUAUAAAGUUUGAUUAAUAUUUUGUAUUCUAAAGGCAUAAUUUAAAAAAAUAUAUAUAUA